CAUGCACUGUACAGCCGAAUUAAGAUGCGUAUUACCCGAGCAGCUGACAUCGGGCAGGCGACGUUACAAGACGUUUAUGAUUGACGAAAUUUUGUCCAAGGAGACUUGUGAUUACUUUGAAAAACUUUCAAUGUGGCCAUCGGGUCUCUUCCUCCCAAGACCAAAACCUCUGCAGUCAUAUUCGGAAUCCUCCGCUCUGUUGUCCUACCCCCGGAUCUCGGUCAUCGCCCACCAUGACUGCGGCCCUGGACUGACCUGCCUCUCCACCCCCCCUUCCCCCGCUCUCCUGCCCCUCCCGCCCCACUCACACCCCCACACCGAGCGCCCCUCGGGCGAGACACCCAGCAGCGCCAGCGAAUCGGAGACGGAGCAGGGCUCCGCCCACCGGAGGAAGGCCCGGCGUGUUCGCACCAUAUUCUCCGAGCAGCAGCUCUUUGCCCUGGAGAAGAAGUUCCAGAGACAGAAAUACCUCUCCACGCCCGACAGAUCAGACUUGGCCAGGUCUCUAGACCUGACGCAGCUGCAGGUGAAGACCUGGUACCAGAACCGUCGCAUGAAGUGGAAGAAAAUGGUGCUGAAAAGAGGGCAGAAGUCUCCCACUAAACCGAAGGGCAGGCCGAAGAAGAACUCCAUCCCCAGCAUGGAGGAAAUCGAGGAAGAGGAGAGGCUGGCCGGGCAGGAGAGGGAGCCUGCACACAAACCUGCAUCAGAGGACAUGCCUCAGGCUAAAAACUCCAAAUCCCACAAUCCCCCACUGCCAGGGAGUUCUACACCAGAGCUGUAACCCACAGAUCAAGUAGGCAUGCUUGUGGCAAGCUAAAGACACCAGUUAUAUUAAAAAUAGAUGAAAAAGCUAAAGAAAAAUACAUAUCUGGAGAAUUAAAAGACUGGGACAUUAGCACUCAGAGCCUCAGGAACAUGGAUACUUGUGAAAAUACUGAGUCUUGUCUUUAACAGUGCUAACUUUGUGCAGGGAAAUAUAUGUGACAUGAGAGAGAGACUGUAAAAUGUUAUUUCAGUUAUUUUUUUCUUUAAUAAACAAAAUCAUCUAUUUACACACACACACACACACACACACAGUACGGUUGCGUACACAUGCCCGCACACAAAUACAAACACAGAACAACAUACAUACACACUUGCAUUCAUACUCAACGUCAGUACAAAAGUCGACUAUUGUACAGACUACUGUCAUAAAGGUUAUUUUUCCUCAAAUGCAAUUCAUAAGUGCCUUUUUUCAUAUUGUCUGCCUUUAAAAGCAUUUGCUUUUAACUUACAUAUUAUUCAUGUUAUGUAAAUACAAUUAUAUUGAAAAAAGCUGUAUGUCUCAUAACUACAGUAUGGCCACAAUAUUUAAAUAUGAUUAAUAAAAUAUGUUGUCAAAACAUUUUGCGAGAUAUGCAAACCACUGAGGUACAUUAUAUCCAGCAAUAUUUUACAUGAAAUGUUUUUUCCGGAGAGUUCUUUUUAAAUACCAGAGGCAGACAGAGCUUUCCACGGGGGAAAGCCCACAGGCUUCUACAGUAUCAGAGUGGAAUAAAUCACAGUCUUUGCCUGCAAAGCACAUAAGCUGUCAGAUAUUAGGAAACGUUUUAGUGAUGUUUUCUGCCUUUGGGCUUUCACCACAAAGCGGAGACCUCUCUGUCAAAAGUUUUAAAUCAUAUUCCUGUAAUACUUGUAUUUGUAAAGAUCGUAAACUUGUAUAUUUUUAUGAUGUAUAUUUUAUGCCAAAUGGGUGGACUUGUUACAGUACUUUCCUUGGGAAUGAACAGAUACUACCUACAUUAUG